CAAAGAUCUAACAAUUUUUUGUGUUCUGAAAUGGCAACAGAAGAAAUGAAGCCAGAAACUAAGAAAUCAGAACAGAAGCAAUCCACAGAAGUGAAAGAUCUUCCUCCUCCACCAGUUCCACUUGCAUACAAGACAUGCAACUUGAAAGUUUCCACUCACUGCGAUGGCUGCAAAAGAAAAUUUACAAGUGUAACUUUGGCUGUAGGUGUUUAUAGAGUGGACAUUAAUGUGAAGCAGAAUAAGGUAACGGUGAUGGGAAUUGCCUCACCGGAGAUUCUGUUGAAGAAGCUUCACAAGGCAGGCAAAACCGCCUAUCUAUUGCCGGAGAUACCCGAACCUGUUGACCCGAAAGAGAAUAAACCGGAAGACCCGAAAGAGAACAAACCCGUCGUCCCAAAACAGAAGAAUAAGAAGAAGAAGAAAGAAGAACCGGAAAUAACCAAUGUAAGUACCUCUUCCGGUACUGAUAAACCGGAAUCUGGAAAACCCGAUGGCGCCGGAGAGUGUAGUCCCGGCAACGAGAAAAAGGUCGUUCUUAAAGAGAAUGAUUCUGUUCCGGUGGAUUCUCCAUCACCGCCACCGGUGGAUUCGCCGGCGCCGACAGAGGAGAAGAAAGCUGAAGAAAGCGGUGGAAAUGUUGGUAAAAAGAAGAAAACGAUGGGAAAAAGAAUAAACAAUUCUACCGGUGGGCCUGUCCGUACUCAAUCACUUCCUCCUCCGGCCACUACCCCUGAAGCAGGUCAGGACCGUCCAUUUAAUCAGAACGAUGGCCAUCAAAUUUUGACCAAUAACAAUCCGCCACAUGACGAUAUGUAUCCUUACCCACCACACUACUACGCGCCGCAGAUUAUGUACGGCGUAAGUUAUAACGUUGCUCAAUCUCCGCCGAGUCUAAAUGGUGGGUCGUAUUACUCACCUGCGCCACCGCACUCGCACGCUUAUAUGCAUCCGGGAUAUCUACCGUCCGAUCAAAACCUUUAUCACCCUCGACCGUCCGAUUCGUUUGAGUUAUUCAGCGACGAGAAUCCAAACGGUUGUUCGGUGAUG